AUCAGCUGUUCACAUGGUUUCGCACCCCCGCCCAGAACUGGACCCUUUCUCCACCGUUUUUUUACCAAAUUUCUAUUUCGUUUAGGAAUGUAUUUCUGCGAAAUAAGCAGCUUUUGCAUUUGCCUCCCUUAAUUAUAUAUGGUAGUGUACAUAAGUACAUUUGAAACAUUCAUUCACUUACGCGGUGUGGGGAAUGGAGAUGCGAGUAUAUAUAUACAUAAAUAUUGUACAUUCCCGUCGCAACAUUCAUGCUUGUCGUCAUUAAUAGAUCCCAGUUGUACGCAAUGUAUUGGGCAGCGAAUAUAUACUUUGGUGUGUACAUGCACGAGGUUAUGCAGUAGUGUGGUUGUGACUCACAGGUGAAGGAAAUCGAGGGCAAUUUAAAUGGGGCCUUUCAAGAGACUAUGGCUCUAUUUACUUGGUUGUAUGUGCACACAGGGAAAAGUGGCGUGUAUGUAUAACUGCGACGUAGUGAACAAAAAAGCAACAACAAUCGCACACAAAGAAAGGUAAAUAAGCACUAAUAGAAGCGGGGAGCGAGACGGGGUCAGAGCAUGACAAACCAAUAUUUCCGAACAAGUACUUGGGGUUUUUCUCGUGUGUGGCGCUGAGGGUAGAGGCGGUGAUCACAGAUGUACGUCGCGCACUGCUGUGCAAAGUUGAAUUCUUUGGAUUUCGAGGAAAACGAGGCGAAAUCUUCUGUGUUUGCAUUUAAUCACCACAUUGAAACGCCGGGAUUCGUAGAACCGUAUUUAGUUGAAAGUUUGAUAAAAAGUUGAAUUGAGUCCGAUUCCCUAGUCUCGGCUUUCGGAUAAUAUAUUUUCAUCGGGGCGAAAUCUACCCGAAAGUGGUCAGCAGGGACCGCUGUGUAUGUCGUCCAACGAGCCUGUCAAGGGCUCCAUGCCUUGUGGAAUAAUUCGUUUUGCCUAAUCAGGACGAGUGAGGAGUUUAUCGUAGUUCGGUUUAAGUAACGAUUGUAACGUGCCAACAAAAAAUUAGUAUUGGAAACUUUGGAAGUCUUACAAUUGGUGUGCAUUUACUUGAUUCUAUUGGAAUUAGUGGCAAAGAAAUAUAAUGGAAAAAGUUGUGUACAGUUUGUAGAGACUUACUACGGGAGGCAAUGUGUAGUGUAUAGUAGUAAUCCGAUUCCGUGUUUCACUGUGCUUUCACCUUUGCUGGAGCAUGUCUUCUACAGUAGCUCCGCCAGCUCUAACUAUAACUUCUGUGUCUUCCGCGGGCACAUUGGCGCCAAUGUCGUCGGUUAAUGUUCCUGCACAAUUGCAGCUGCAACCACAACAACAAGGUGCCGGGAGAAGGUUCGAUGUAAACCCCGUGAGUGUUAAACAGGAACGACAUGAUGAAGCAGAAAUCCAGGAAAUGGCUAAUAAAUUUCGAGAGGCACAGAAAGCAGCAUUGGCUAAACAAUCUCAACAGCAGCAAUUGAUUGGCGGAAGGAAUAUUCCUGCAAGUACGACGAACCCGAUGGCAUCGCAGCCAAAUGGACAAACGAACAUAUUAAACUAUUUAACCCGUAGGAGCCCACAGACUGUUAUUGGAGCAGCUGGAUCAGUUUCCACGCCUUCAAUAUCUACAAAUGGACAGGUUCAUGGUGUGAAUUCAGCUACAAAUGGGAAGUCCUCCGGCACGGUGGUAACAACUGCCGUGUCCUCAACAGCUAAUUCAGUGGAUAAUAAUACGGACAAGAAAACUUGCGACGAAGAAAGUCAGAAGGGUCACUUUGGUUGGGUGACUUUCGGCAAAAUAUACAUUCCAUACAUUGUUCGUCAGAAUGAAAAAUAUUGUGCAGUUCGAAUGGUUGAAAUGAAAUUACUUAAUAAAUACUUAAGCUACUUGCAUCCUGAUAUCUACAGUAGUUGCACGUGUGUUCGUAGCUACUAUAUAACAGAAGCGGAGAGUCGCCUCCUUAACGAAAUUAAUCAUAAACACUGUGACGCACAAUUCGGGCGGGAAAUGUUUACUCUUAAAGACCUUGUUGUGCGACUAAGUGAUGCAAAUAAAUUUUACCAAUUUUUGGAUAUAUGCUACAGGAAGCUUGUAACUGGCAGCAAAAGCCCAUCUGAUAAAUGCGGAUUUAUAAGAAUUAAUAAGGAGUCUGUGGUACCUUACACGGUUCGGGCUAAUGAACAGGUGGUGCCGCUAUUCUACUUCGAAGGAGAAACUGAGAAUCUUCGUCAAAAAGCAGAACUUUUGUCGGGAUGGGAUCUCGCCUAUUUGAAGUUCUGCUGCAAGGUGCAAGGCAUUCGCAACGAACUAUUUUCCAGUGAAUCAGUGGCAGUAAUUAGCCUUACUGAUAUAAAAAGUUACUUUCCUACUGGUACUGAAUUCGAAGAUUACUGGCCAAGCAAAGUGGUCGAUUCAAAUUUGCUAAUAGCUUCGAAAAACAUAAAUAAUUCGGUACAUUGGACUCGACAGCCUACCGCCCCACCUGUAACACCGAAGAUUUUAAAUGCUGCACCGAAAAAUAGUCAGCAACAACAACAGCAAAUCCGUAAAAACGCGUACCAAACCGGGGUUGCAAACCAAAACGUCCAGCGGAUGCACCAGGCGGCGGCAGCAGCAUCAAUGGCGAUACCGCAAACCGGCCUUUCAUCUGCUGCUGUACAAGCAUGGUCUUUGGCAUAUGCUCAGGGAGCCUUACGCGCUGGUGAGACUCUUGCACAAAACGAUGUACGUAUAUUUCAGGCCCAGCAACAAGUUCAAAGAGGUUACACAGCUCACAAUGCCAACGCAGCACAGAACAUACAAAACCUGCAAAGUUUAAUGACAGCGCGGCAACAAUACAAUUAUAAUACUCGAGGAAUGGCGAUACCAACGAUGAAUAAUUGUGCCCAGUCUCCUCAGCCUCCACCGUUAGUGCGGUCAGCUGGACAGAAUCAGACACACAUGUCAAAUACAGCAGCUAAUGUUGUCCUGCAGCAGCAGCAGCAACAGCGACAGCAGCAAAUUCAGCAGCAGCAGCAACAAUUGCAGAGAUUGAACACAAUGCAAAAUGGCAGAAGCAGUCAAUCAACAGCUUCGAAUACAAUGCAAAGACAUACAUCAAAUACACCCGCGGCGAGCGUAGCAGAUGUUCUCGACACAAAUUUACGUAUCAUCCCAGAAAUUACAACCCAGUCGAAUACUGUUCCAUAUAAAGUGCAAAAGGUUUUCGUCUUUGAAGACACGUUAGUUCCGUGCAUCAAUAUGAAAGCAUAUAAUGAUUCGGAGCCAUUGAUGACUCUGACGGAUUUCCGCGAAUGCUUUUUUCCUAGCGUACCGUGGAAUCAUUGCAAACGUUUAAUUGAAGCUCUUGGUGUCGAAAUGUAUAAGGGAAACAGGCGUCAGACUUUGGCUCUCAUUGAAAGUGGGAAAAACCACAACGAAAGUAUUCCAUUGAUUCAAGUACGUGACGUGAUCAAAUAUAUGCCGCAACUUCGCUAUAUGAUGCGUAGCAGCCCAAUGGGACAAGAGCAGCCUCCGAACAAACGUACAAGAAUAAGCUAGGAAACGGGGUGGGGAGUGCCGACUGUGUGCUCCCAGAGCCAAUCUGCUACCAGUGUCGAACCUUUAGUAACAACAUCGCUUUUACCUCAACAGAACAUACACAGUAAUCAUACGUUACCUGCUAAUUUAACGAGAGGUUUAAGUUCCAUAGAUGCAUUUAAUAAUGGUGUAGAAAGUGAUUUGGUUGGGAGGGUAGUUUCGAGCAGUAAUAGUUUGAGUGACAUUGGAUCGGUUUUGAGCCCCCCACCUACAGCCACCAGCAGUAGCUGCAUCAAUCCGUUUAGUUCACCGGGGGUAAAUUACGAUUGGCUAUCACCACCCAAAACAAUAUCGCCUCCCGCAAAUGAAAAACGAAAUACGCGUGGUUCGACUUUGUCACCUUUAGCUAGUAAUUCAGUUGAUAAGAAAGGAUUAUCUUCAUGUCGGUAUCAACAAGGACUGAUGAAUCUGCCAACUGUUGGAGGUAACACUGAUAAUGUUGUUUCACUAUUUAAUAGUGGAUUCGGAAACGAAACGGCCGUAUUAAGUCGAGUAGCUUCAAAUAUUGUGGAAUCAACAACAAAUCUCCUACAACAUCAUCAUCUUUCAUUUGGAAAUGGUAACAAUGCCGUAUAUAACUCUCAUUUCACGCCGACUACUGCCCCGACAGGAUCUGUUGGGAGUGCAGUGGCUGCGGUAGCAGCAGCAGUUGCCGGGGGUCCUUCAUACCACUUACCAGGACAUGGACUACCAUCUCCAACGAUUUACCCUCCUACUCCGCCACCAUCAGCGCCGUGGAUACAUCCAUGGUAUACGGGUGAUACUUUUUAAAAUAACACUUAGUUUAUAUUAAUAGAUGUCAAGGAAACGAUUAUAUCUCUAAGAAAUUAUUUUUGAAGAGUAUUUUUUCUCUCUGCAGAAAAAUGUUUACUUAGUUUCAAUGAAACAAACCAGUUGCAAAAUUAUUUUUGUAUGUUAUUUUCGAUUCAAACUCAUCAUUCAAAAUAUUUAGUUAAUAUUUAUUCUAGCAAAGUUAGAGUGUAUAGUAUUUAUUUCAAUAUGGCACAUAAAUGCAACGUGUCCAUAUCUAUUUAUUGAAUUCCAUAUGUUUUUUUAAUGGAUUUGAUGAAAAAAGUGAUAAAAUCUACUUGGAAGCCAAGCAGUGAUUAGUAUAUCAAAAUCGAACAAUUGCAUUAGAAUUUCUCAAGGUGCAAACUGAAAUGACUGAUAUUUUGUUUGUUAGUCCGCCGAAAUGUUAUUUAUGUAAAUACCGGUUUUACUAUUCCCGUGUUGAACAGUGUGUAAACUUCAGAAAGAAGUCCUAUGCAGAAUAAACACAUAGAUGAGCUCAGAAGAUGUUCAUAAUUAUCAAGACUUAAGAUUGAAUUUAUUUGUAAAGAAAAGGUUAGGCAAAAAUAAUUUAGCGAAGUUUAGAUGUAUCGUAAAAUAUACCUUCUUCAAAACGUG